AGUUGGAAAUUUUACCAUUCAUAAUUUGGUUUUAAUCUCUUUUACAAAUUCUUACAUUUUCUGUCUCAUAACCUGUAUCAUUAAUUUUGGAGCCCUGGUGGUGCAGCGGAUUAAACUGCUGAGCUGUUGAAUUAGCUGACCUAAAGGUCAGUGGUUUGAAUCCAGGGAAUGGAGUGAGCUCCCGCUGUUAGCCCCAGCUUCUGCCAACCUAGCAGUUUAAAAACAUGCAAAUGUGAGUAAAUUAAUAGGUACCGCUCCUGCGGGAAGGUAACGGCACUCCAAGCAGUCAUACCGGCUCCAUGACCUUGAAGGUGUUUACGGACAACGCCGCCUCUUCAGCUUAGAAAUGGAGAUGAGCACCAACUCCCAGACUCAGACACAGCUAGACUUAAUGUCAAGGGAAAACCUUUACCUAUCAUUAAUUUGGUAUUCUGUGCUAGUCUGUGGCCCAGAGGUCUUAAGCUUAAUUUUUUGUUGUGGGGAUGGGGUUUUUUAUUUGUGUGUUUAUGUGUGUUUGUGUGUGUGUGUGUGUGUGUGUGUGUAUGCAUUGUCUUCUGAUCAUUUCCUAGGGAAUCACCUGGCUGUUGUAUCUCAAGAAGGACCUUCACAGCUUCCUUGUUAUUAAUUCACAUCUCUCUUCUUCAUCCUGUUGGGACAAACUUAAUCUUUCUUGUCUUUUUCUUCCUACAUCUCCUUGCCUUCACAUGCAAGUUUGGCUGCGGAGUAGGUGAUGGACAUCCUGGAUCCCUUUUUUCCAAUGCAUGCGGGACAUUGCUAGCGUCAGUGGCAUCACUGAUGCAGCCAUGUAGUGACAAAGCAGUCUGGUGAAUGAAAGCCCCUCUUUUUCUUUUUGUCAUAAAUUAUUUUUAAAGUUGUUGUUUAUUUUGUCAGGUUACAAAAAUGCCUAAUAGAUUUUGUGCCUCUUUUAGCCUGGCAUCGUUUGCAAGGAAGAAUGGGAUGAGAGAUGGUGGCUGUCAAGGCCACUAAGUUGCUUUUUCUCCAGAAAAUUGACAAAUCUGGAAAUAGAUUAAAUUGAUUCCUUUUCUUUCACACACAUACGUGUUGGAAAGCUAAUCUCUACACUGGAAAUUCUCAUAGAGUAUUAAUGAAUCAUAGAGUUCAAGAAGACCACAGGGCCAUUCAGUCUAACCGCCUGCCAUGCAGAGAUACUCAAAGCAGACCUGAUAGAUGGCCAUCAAGCCAUUGCUCAAAAACUUCCAGAGAUGGAGGCUUUACCAUAUUCUGAACAUAAAAAUAUUAGUUUGUAGGUUUCUGAUAAUAUUUUGAUAUUUUAAAAAUUCCUGUUUGAAGAGUUCUUCAGAAGCCGAUAAGACAGAAUAUGAUAUUUCUUUAUUGGUGUGUAGGUGUAUCUGAACAUAUGGGCACGAGAAUACUAAAUGAAAAUAUUUCAACUGCCAAAAGGAAGUCUCUAGCUCUAUGCCUGCUAAGAUAUAUUCAGAAUCUCGUGUGGGCAACAUCUAUUGAAAUCUCAGGAACUGCCAUAUGAGUGUGGCGUCCGCCCUGCAUUCUGACAGCCAUGAUCGCUAUGAACGUCUCACUUCUGUCUCCAGCUCUGUGGACUUCGACCAAAGAGACAAUGGUUUCUGCUCCUGGUUGACAGCUAUCUUCAGGAUAAAAGACGAUGAGAUUCGGGAUAAAUGUGGAGCAGAUGCAGUCCAUUACCUCUCCUUCCAACGACACAUUAUAGGACUGUUGGUUGCUGUGGGUGUCCUCUCUGUGGGAAUUGUGUUGCCUGUGAACUUCUCAGGAGACUUGCUAGAGAAUAACCCCUACAGUUUUGGUAGAACAACUAUUGCCAACUUGAAUUCGGGGAAUAAUCUCUUAUGGCUGCACACAUCUUUUGCCUUCUUGUACCUGUUGCUGACAGUGUACAGCAUGCGCCGCCACACCUCGAAGAUGCGCUACAAAGAGGAUGAUUUGGUGAAGCGAACCCUAUUCAUCAAUGGCAUCUCCAAGUAUGCUGAACCUGAGAAGAUCAAGAAACAUUUUGAGGAGGCCUAUUCCAAUUGUACCGUACUGGAGGCACGUCCUUGCUAUGAUGUGGCCAGGCUGAUGUUCCUUGAUGCUGAGAGAAAAAAGGCAGAGCGUGGGAAAAUCUAUUUUACUAACUUGCAGAGCAAGGAGAACACCCCAUCUAUGAUCAACCCUAAGCCCUGUGGUCAUCUCUGCUGCUGUGCAAUCAAAGGUUGUGAAGAGGUGGAAGCAAUAGAGUACUACACCAAACUGGAGGAAAAAUUAAAAGAGGACUAUAAGAAGGAAAAAGAGAAGGUGAAUGAGAAGCCAUUAGGCAUGGCCUUCGUCACAUUCCAUAAUGAAGCCAUUACAGCCAUAAUAUUGAAAGACUUCAAUGUGUGCAAAUGUCAGGGCUGCAAAUGUCGUGGAGAACCUCGAGCUUCAUCCUGCAGUGAGUCCCUCCAUGUCUCCAAUUGGACCGUCUCAUAUGCACCUGAUCCUCAGAACAUUUACUGGGAACAUCUGUCCAUCCGUGGCUUCAUCUGGUGGUUUCGCUGCCUGAUCAUCAAUGUGGUGCUCUUCAUCUUGCUCUUCUUUCUCACCACUCCUGCCAUCAUCAUCACCACUAUGGACAAAUUCAAUGUCACCAAGCCUGUUGAAUACCUGAAUAAUCCCAUCAUCACACAGUUCUUUCCCACCCUGCUGCUAUGGUGUUUCUCUGCUUUGCUUCCAACUAUUGUGUAUUAUUCAGCAUUUUUUGAGGCUCACUGGACAAGGUCUGGAGAGAACAGAACCACCAUGCACAAAUGCUAUACUUUCCUCAUCUUUAUGGUCCUGCUACUACCAUCACUGGGCCUGAGCAGUCUGGAUGUAUUCUUCCGUUGGCUGUUUGACAAAAAGUUCCUGGCUGAAGCUGCUGUGAGAUUUGAGUGUGUGUUCCUGCCUGAUAAUGGGGCCUUUUUUGUGAACUAUGUCAUUGCCUCUGCAUUCAUUGGGAAUGCCAUGGACUUGCUGCGCAUCCCUGGCCUCCUGAUGUACAUGAUCCGGCUCUGUCUCGCUCGCUCAGCUGCUGAACGCAGGAAUGUCAAGCGGCAUCAAGCCUAUGAAUUCCAGUUUGGGGCUGCUUAUGCCUGGAUGAUGUGUGUCUUCACUGUGGUAAUGACCUACAGUAUCACCUGUCCUAUCAUUGUUCCCUUCGGUCUGAUGUAUAUGCUACUAAAGCACCUGGUUGAUAGGUACAACCUCUAUUAUGCUUAUCUGCCAGCCAAGCUGGAUAAGAAGAUCCAUUCAGGUGCUGUGAACCAGGUAGUGGCAGCACCUAUCCUCUGCCUCUUUUGGCUUCUCUUCUUCUCUACUGUACGCACAGGCUUCCUGGCUCUCACAUCCAUGUUUACCUUUGUGGUCCUUGUCAUUACCAUUGUGAUCUGCUUGUGUCACGUCUGCUUUGGACACUUCAAAUACCUCAGUGCUCACAAUUACAAGAUUGAUCACACAGAAGUGGAUGCUGUGGAUGGAAGGGAAAAUGGACAGCCAGCCACAAACCCUCCACCAGCUCCUAAAUCAGCUCAGAAGUACAUUGCUCAAGUCCUGCAAGAUUCUUCACCAGAGGGAGAUGUGGCAGAGUCCGAGGAGCAAGGGUCCCAAGACGAGGAGCUCAUCAACCCAAAUGGCAUAAACGAUACAGAUUUCCAGUCAUGCGAGGACAGUCUGAUAGAGAAUGAGAUCCACCAUUAGGAAUGUGGGAAAAUUCAAGCAAGGCAGGGGCACCCCAUGAGCUGGCGAGCUGCUGCGCACUGUGUGUAUGUGUUCUGUGUGAGCGAGUGAUAGAGAGAAAGGCCAAGAAAAUGGAGAAAAGGGGAGCAUGAGACAGGUACCACCACAGCUCCUUCCUCACCCACCUGGUUCCUGUAUUAGUGCUCAUUCCAAGGUGGGGAGCAACCUUGCCAUCAGACAUCAUUCCCUGUCUUUCCUACCCCUGUUCUCUCUGUGUCCUCCUCCUUUGGAAUGGGAGGUGAAUUUCUCUUAUAAGCUACCUACCCCUUAACACCUUCUGGAACCCUAGAAACCCAAGACAGCGGGGAGGAAAUGGCCGUGUACAAUUGCAGCUCCAGCACAACAGGGAGAGGAGCAGAGGUGAGGACAAUCAGAGCCCGGAUAUGACAAAGUGGUCCUCCUUUUCUUUGUCCUCCUCUUCCAGGGAGCACAUGCCCCAUCUUCCCCAUCAUUUUCUUUUGUCUAAAAUCAUGAACACUAAUAAGGUAUUAGAUUUUUAAAAGAGCCGAGCUGUAAUCAAUGGUACUGGUAUUUUCAAACAAAAGGGGGCUGGCUUUGAACUUGGCUGGAAUCAGUGAUUCCAGCCAAGCACAGCUAUUUUUAAAUCUGUGUAUAAAUCUCCCACAUGCUUGUGCAUCAGUGAGCAUUUUGUCUCCAGUGCCCAAGAUACAAUGCUGGGACAACUAUGGUCUCGGCCACUCUUUUCCCUCCAGCAAAGGCUGCGCACAUUCAAGUCUAGAGCGAGAGGGAUUGUACAGAAAAGGGCCCUGCUGCCAUGACUGUGAUCCAAUGAAAGCCACGACUGGAGAGUGCUACCUGGCACUAGAGUCUGCCAGUGAGCAGCUGCUAGUGGCAAAUGCAGCUCCUAUGGCAAAACAAGCCCCUUGCAGGGCGAGGGGAAUGCCAAGAAUUAGCAAGGAAGAUUGUCUAUCCAGUACUUCUCUCCUCAUCUUCCUCUGCUUCCUUCCAUGGCAAACCAACUACAUGGGGGCCCAUAUUACACAUUGCCGGGAUUCCCCAUCUGGGGUACAGUGCAGUUUAGGGUCUGCUGCAUUUUUGCACAUUUGUUUUAUCUUUAAACCUGACUAAAACCCAAACACUCUCUUUGUCUUGUCUAAUUUCUAGGGAGGCAGAAGAGGGGAAGGGUUGGUUUUUGUACAGUUUGCUAUAGAGGGAGAGACCACCAAAUCCCAGGGGCUGUGAAGCUUCUGAAAUCAUCCAGCUCCACCUCCAGGCCUUGCAUGAUACCUCCUCUCUUGUGCGUUCUAUCACAGGCAGGUCACUCUGCUGUGUUUUUCCAAUCCUGCUGCUUUGCAUGCAGCUCCAAGAAACCAUCUUCUGACUCAAGCUGUUGCUGUCUCCUAAGCUUUCUCUUCAAUGAUUCUUCAGGCUUUAUCUUCAAAUUCACAUCUCAUCACUGUAUCUGUCUCCUUUGCAUAUACGUUUGGGAGAGGUCCUGUGUUCAACCCCAAUAGGGCACUGUUUGAUUUGUUUAUUCCUGUUCAGUUGCAAAUCUUGCGUCAAUUUCUGAGAGUCCUUUCAAUAAAUCUACUUGGGAAGGUUCUUUCAGCCUUGCAGGGAGAUGACAAAUAGAAGAGAUGUAGAUGUUACAAGUAGCAGUCCUGGCUCAAAUGGCCAGCUAUUCAGGGGUGCAUUCAGGGAACCCAGGGAUUUUAGACCAGAGUGCAUCAACUCCAUGAGUUGAAUACUCUUCUCAACAUGGAUGGAGGGCUCAGUUUCUGCUGCUUAAGUGUCUUAAUGUUUGCCCUCCCAUCGUCUCCACCUCUUUGUUCCUUGUCUGCAAGAAGCCAUCCUUGAGGGAUGCUACCAGCAUUACCAGAAGCAGAGACCCACCUUCCUCCAAAUAGGAUCCAAGGUGUUUUUGUUUAUUAUAUCUAAGGUAUUUUAUAGACCUGAAUGAAUUAAGUCAUCAUCUCUCUAACACGGGGCAAGGUUGUGUAUCUCCAUAUGAUGCACCCCAUAGUUAAAAUGGGGGAGCUAACUCACACAAAGAUGAGAUUCAGGAUUGCUUAAGUUGCAAACAGUCAGAAAUAUAGCCAAGACUCUGCUUGGAGCUUCUUGACUAGAGAACUGGGAGAAGGAGAUGGACUUCAUGCGCCCUUCUAGGAGAUGUGAGGAUCUGAGGAUGCCCUCAGGAGCUGAGCCAUGGCUUGUGGUGGGUUUUGUAAUGGGUUUCCUUUUCAGGUGUUGUCUGGGAAUUAGUUUGGGGGGAUGGGGGAGAAGCCUGUGUUUAAAUUGUAUCUUAUUCUUCCCUUGCCAUCAUCACCACACAUUCAGCCACACUGCUGCUGAAAUGCACGUGGAUUUUAUUUUAAUUGUUUGUCCCAGGAUGUUUUUUCUGAUACAGUCUAGAAAUAGUAUGUGUUCCAUGCCAGGGUUUCCUCUACAUCUCUGUACUGGCCCCUUGGCGCCAUAAUUUCUAAGCCCAGCCACCACUGCCCUACCUGCAUCAGCCUCACAGCCUCAACUUGGGAUGGCUCUGAUCUCUCUGUACAUACAGCCGCAGGACAGGGCUGGCUUACUUAUGUGGUUAGUGGAUGGGGUUGGGUGUGGACCAUUGGUCACCCCCCCCCCUCCCCCUUGCAGGGAGCUGUGUUCUAACUGGCACUGUGUCUGCGUAGAGAUGUGUAUAAUACUCUGUAUAUAUUUGUGUAAAAAAGAAAAAAGAGGAACUUAUCAUA